UUUCCGUAGACUUCGAGAAAACAUGGCUUCACACACAAGCAAGGCAUUUCUGUCUCUAGGUCGACUUAAUAUUGCUGGUCUUGGACUAAAUAACUCAGCGAGCAGGGUCACAUAUGCAGCGGCAUUGUCUACAAAUUCGCCUAAAGGGGAUAAAGGUUUUCCUCAGAGAAAUGGAAGAGGACCCGUGAGAAAGCCUAGAAGAGAGCCAGGGGAGCCUAGGACAGAAAAGAUGCCGCUGGAUCAGGACUGGACUGCAGUCUAUCCAGCAGCUGCACCCUUCAGGCCGAGCUCCGUCCCGCUGCCUGUGAGGAUGGGCUACCCUGUGAAGGGAGGCGUCCCACCAGAGAAGAAGGGCAACUUGGAGCUGAUCAAGAUCCCAAACUUUCUGCAUUUGACGCCGGCAGCCAUCAAGAAACACUGUGAAGCCCUGAAACCCUUCUGCACAGAGUGGCCCUCUGCCCUGGACUCCGAUGCCAAAUGUGACGAGCUCUUCCCCAUCAAAGUAGAAAGCACGGACUUCGUGUCAGCCGGCCAGUCUGUUAGAAACCCUUCAGCUCGCAUUGUUCAUCUCAAAGUCAAGUUGUCCAGUUUUAACCUGGACAAACAUGCACAGAGAAAAAUGCUCAAACUUGUCGGGGAGAGAUACAACAAAGACACGGAUACCCUCACCAUCAGAGCUGACAGCUGCCCACUGAGACAGCAGAACCAGGACUACGCCAUGUACCUGCUGACUGUGCUUUACCACGAGUCCUGGAAAACGGAGGCGUGGGAGGAUGAGAAGACGGUGGCAGACAUGGAGGAGUACAGCUGGGAGGACAGUCCGUCUCAAAAGAAUAUGCUGAAUGUUCUGGUACGCAUGAAAGUGGCCGUGGAAGGCGAAGGCGAGGUGCGAGAGCAGCUGCUGGGGAUAAAAGAGGUGCAGGAGUAUAAGGACUCUGUCACGAGGUUGAAGAAUGAGGGAGAGAGUGAGAGCACCAUGCUGCAGUACAAAGAGGCUGUGAAGAAAGUACUCGACCUGUAAUACAACUUCAUUUACAUGCUGAUAUCUCAAACAGUUUUCAAUAUUUGUACAUUAUUCUGGACUCCAGUUACACAAUCAAGAGUCAAAAAAAUCUGUUCCAACAUAAACCCAGAUAUUCCAACUUUAAGGGUCUCAACUGAUGUAUUUAUUUUCCAAAACAAUGUCCUGCCAUGUCAACUGUAUGAUGCUGUCUUCCACACACAAAUAAAAGUCGAAUGAAUCCUGUUGCUAA